UGAUGAUCCCAAUUUUGCGCGUCACAAAAGAAACAUUUUGCCAGGAAUCGCCUGUCGCGUGAGACUAACUAGAAUCAGGUCAGUAGGGGAAAUCCAGUUCCAGCCGGUUCAAGCUGCCGAAGCUAGACUUUCUGGAGAUUUACCCGGCCUCAAUGCACCCAGCGUACUACACCUUGUCUGUGUUGAGUUGCAGCCCUCACAAACAUCCCAUACAUUCCUUUUUUGAAGAAAAAUCAACAAAAUUUUGUUGAAAUAGUUUUGGACAACUGGAUAUACACACCGCACUACACACGCCCUACUUCCAGUUUUCCUUGAGUUCCCUGGCGUAGCGGCAGAUUUCUGAACAAAACCCCACAGCAACCGAAAUGGAAAAGGGAGAACAACCAAUCAGAAAGCGGCGCCUCGCGACACACCCUCCUUCCACCCAUUCUACGUGGACUUUGCCGGAUCCACAGCAAUCGGCGAUUGUGGCUGCAUAUAAACCCAGACGGGACUCACUCUUGCCGUAAUAUUCGGGAAUCCCCAUCCUUGACGAAGCUGUUCGUCUGAUUUGCUUGCACAUCUGCCCAAUCUUUGUCCAAAUACCUGUUUUUCCUGUCGAAUUUGGUGCGCACGAGUUCGGGUACCAAGAUUGGCAUUUCUCAGAUAAGUGUAUUAUGGUCGUUGAACAAAACGAUUCCGCUGUCGCGCUAUACUGGCGGUUGUUCACUCCCGGCUGUCUUCGCCAGGCUCUGCAUCGACUCUUUGAUGACUUUCGGGAAAAAGUAGAAGAAAUUCAUUAGACGAAAUACUUCAAAUCUUUCCGCCUUUACUAGCCGGAUUUUAUCCAUUGUUAAUUCUCCACAUUUUUCUGUUAAAAUCAGAUUACACAUCAAAUCAAAUGGCGCCCAUCACGGCCUCAGCCCCCAAAAUGACGGGUGGAUCGAUUGAAUUGCGUGAGCCGUCGCUUCCUGUCAAGCUCCUCACUGCUGGAUCUGCCGCUUGCGUUGCGGAUCUUUUCACAUACCCUCUGGACACAGCCAAAGUCCGGUUGCAGAUUCAAGGAGAAGCAGGAGUGGCUGCACCAGUACGAUAUUACAUAACAACAGCGGCCUCAGCUUUGGGUGCUGGAGGAAAUGGUGCAUCCAUGGUGGUAGAACAUGCAGCGCCACCAUCCCAAUAUAAAGGCAUGAUUGGCACAGUUUCAACAAUUGCCCGACAAGAAGGGCCAAAGGCUCUUUAUAAUGGACUGGCAGCGGGACUUCAGCGCCAGAUGUGUUUCGCCUCCAUCCGCAUUGGGCUCUACGAUUCCAUCAAGUCGUUGUACCAACAGACACUCAAUGGAGGAAAACGAAACGCCAAUAACAAGAACACAAACGCCAGUAUAUCCGUGAGAAUAUUCGCCGGAAUUACUACUGGGGGUCUGGCUGUUCUUCUUGCUCAGCCGACGGACGUUGUCAAAGUGCGAAUGCAAGCGGAAGCACGUUCAUCUACUGGAAUUAAGCGUUAUUCCGGUACCAUGAAUGCUUAUUCUACCAUUGCUCGGAAAGAAGGUGUCGCCGGCUUAUGGAAAGGAACGUUGCCUAACGUUAGCCGGAAUGCUAUCGUCAACGUAGCAGAGAUAGUUUGCUACGAUCUCUUUAAAGAAUACAUUCUUAGUUCUGGCCUGCUCAAGGAUGGCGUUCCGUGCCAUUUCUCUGCUGCGGUGGCAGCCGGAUUCUGCACCACAGUGGUCGCUUCACCAGUCGAUGUGGUCAAGACGCGUUUCAUGAACGCCCCUGUAGGCCAGUACCGAGGCGCUGUCGACUGUGCCGUUCGAAUGAUGAUGAAAGAGGGCCCAAUAGCUUUCUACAAAGGUUUCGUGCCUUCGUUCUCUCGUCUAGUGUCAUGGAACAUUUGCAUGUGGAUCACUUACGAACAGUUUAAACGUCUUGUCUUGGUAGCCUAUAACCAACCAACGAUGCUCAACAGACACGUGUGAAGUCAACCGAAUGAAUUUGCACAAUUUGGAAGUCGAUUUCGACGAGUCCCUUAAUGAUUUCUGUUACACUUAAGUAUAUACCCUUUUUCUAAACCACUUUUCCCUUAAUCAGGUAUUCGGGUUUUUUGCGCUAAACGAUAAAAUGUAAUAAUGUUUUUUUGUUUUAAUUACUGUCUGUAUUGAAUUGAACGCGUCGAACACGAUGAUAAUUUUCCCCUUGAUACGAUCCCUCGCUUAAUAAGUGAAUAUUUUGUUAUACAUGUAUUGAAAUCGUU